AUGGCGGCGGCCAUGAAGCGGCGGCGCGGGACGGACCUGGGGCCGGAGCCGGAACCGGCGCCAGAGCGGGGCUGCCCGCGGGCCUGGGCUGCCCAGAGCCGGGCGGUGGUCGGGCGAUGGACGACGGCGCGGUGCGGCGGAGAGACGCGGCGCGUGUACCGGCAGCUGCGAGAUGAGCUCCCGGAGCUGCACCGGAGCAUCUGCGGGCUACCAGCUGCCCUCCCUGCCCUGCCUCUGGAACUCACUGUCCUCUACAACUCCCUGCUUUUCACUGUGGGAGCAUCUGACUCUGUCAUCAAAGGAGAAGCAGAAGGAAUACGCCAGGGGCUCCUCAGGGUUCUGGAGGCUUGUGGGGCCUGUGGACAGGAUCUUGGCACGGAGGAGCUGUGGGAAAAGGUGCUGCAGGAGGUAACCGUGGAGGAGCUGCAGGCACCUCUACACCGCCUGGGGGCCCUGCAAGCAGCCUGGUGGCUGGCAGCCAACCAGCUGGGAAGUGUUGCUGGCCUCUUCCAGCUCCUGAGCACCGCUGAGGACCCAGGAAGAGCUCACUGCAGUGAGGGGCAGAACAAGCUCCUGUCCCUGAUCAAGGCAUGGCGGGUCCCUCCUGAGGGGGCCUCCCUGCCCCUUGUACAAAGCGCCAAGGACUUGAAGGAAGUCCUCCACACUGCAGCAGCCUUCCUGCAAGGGCUGCAGGAGCUGGAGGCUGGGAACUUCCCCACCGCCAUUUCCUUCCUUCAGGAAGCUGCAGGAGGAUUCUGCUCCAAGAAUAUCCUGGCCCAGAUCCACACCUGCCUUGGCUGCUGCGCUCAGCGAAUGGGUAAGCCUCAGACAGCCCUUCAGCACCUGAAACGGGCCCUCCAGGCAGAUUUCCAGUGCCUUCCUGCCCUGUCCCACGUGGCAGCAGUGUACCAUGACCUGGGAGAGAUCGAUACAGAGCUGCAGGCCCUGACCCUGCUCUACGAGGCUCUGGGAAAAAGCCCUCCAGCAGCUGCUUCCUCUAGUCCCUGUUUCCUAAUGCGAACAGAGCUGCUUGUCCACACACCAGUACUCACUUCCCUCCUCCGACCUUGCCACCCCUCGGAAGUGAAAUACCUUCUGGCACAGCGGUGUCUCCAGGAUGGGAGGGUGGCUGAUGCAGCGGAACAUUACCUGGAUUUUCUGUCUCUCCUUCAGGAGGGGCUGCAGCAGCAGGUGCCCCUGGAUGGCAGCUCAGCUCUGCCCAGGAUCCCGGAGGUGUUCCUGGAAGCAGCAUCUGCCUUGGAGCAGGCUGGGAGGCACCAGGAUGCCAUAACUGUGUGUGAGGAGGUCAUCAGCCGGACAACUGACCUCAUUCCACGGGUGUUACGAGUGGAGGAGAGGCAGGAGCAGCUGGAGUCCUCAUUGCCAGGGGCAGAACUGGCAGGUGGGCUCCUGUCCCAGAAGAAGGAGAGCCUGUGCUGCCUUGCCUGGAGAGCAGCUGGAUACCUGCACCAGGGCUGGGCAUGGGCCAAGCUGGGCAAGAGCAAGGAGGCUGUGACACAGUUCAGCAGGUGUCUCAGUGACCUCCUGCGUGUCCAGCUUCACGGGUCUGGCAUCAGACACACAGAGAAUCUCCAGCCAGAAGUGGAGGUGCUCCAGAAGAUCAGGUUGCUCUCUCUCCUCGGGCGAGGUACACAGUUCCUGGAGCUGGGGAGGAACAAAGAAGCCCUGUUGGAUUUCCAGCACAGUUUGCAGAUCUCACCAGGUGACCCAGCUGCUGCCUCCUACCUGGUGCAGGCCUUGUGGGAGCUGAACCGGAAGCAGGAGGCGGCUGCUCAGUGGCAGAAGUUCUCCCAGAGCUGCCCUGCAGAGGAUGGGCAGCAGCAAGGGCAGGGAAGGCCCCUCCCUUUGUACCUGGUUUCAUGUCAGCAGCAGGCAGUGUUCCCUCACAGUGAAACUCUUGCCAGAAGCAUACAGGAUUACCUCAGGGCAGCAGCCCAGGACACCCCAAGGUGACCUGGUCAUGCCCCCAUACCCAUCUGCUGAGGUCUCCCUGCACUUGGCUGGCACAAGGCCUUUAAGAACUCCUUCAAGACUCAGAAUUACUCUGUGAUGAAGCUAG